AUGGGGCUAUUCUCACGCAACACUGAGCCCGCAGCGCCGGCUGGAGAUGGCACCUCCGGUAGGCACCACCACCACCGCCGCUCCAGCGCCUCCAAUGGCCCCGAGAAGCACAGACGGGUUUUCGGGAGACACAUGAAUGAACGGCCCACAUUUGGCGAAUGGCUCCGCACUAUCUGGAUCGACAUUAUAACCAUGGCGUGCUUGGGAGCCGUCGGUCUUGGUGUUUACAUGGCGCCUCCAGCGCCCUCACGGUCCUUCCCCGUCUAUUUCCAGGAUGGUGAAAUCGUAUACCCCCAGUUUGCGUACCCCCUUCGCAAAAACAUUAUCCCCAUCUGGCUCGCUGCGUUCCUCGCCUUCUUUAUACCUUUGAUAUUCUUCGUCCUAUUCCAGAUUCGCGUUCGCAGCUUCUGGGACCUCAACGCCGCAGUCGUUGGGCUCCUCUAUUCCCUCAUCAACGCCGCCGUCUUCCAGGUCUUUCUCAAAUGGCUCAUUGGUGGUCUUCGCCCACACUUCCUCGCGGUUUGUAAACCAAACCUCCCAGAUGUCGGGAUGAAUACCGGCAAUGGUCUCCGCCAGAUUAUGUACGACCGUAGUAUUUGUACCGGUGACGAAAAAGAAAUCAACGACUCGCUAGAGUCGUUCCCAUCGGGGCACAGCACCGCCGCAUUCGCUGGGUUCAUCUUCCUGUAUUUGUACUUCAACGCAAAGAUGAAGGUCUUCUCCAACUACCAUGGCGCCAUGUGGAAGCAGACACUGCUAUAUGCACCUGUUCUUGGCGCCGUCCUUAUUGCAGGAUCGUUGACGAUCGAUGAGUAUCAUCACUACUAUGAUGUUAUUGCAGGUGCAAUUAUCGGUACUAUGUUCGCAUUCUCAUCGUUCAGGAUGGUAUACGCAUCAGUAUGGGACUUCAGGUUCAACCACAUCCCGCUUCCUCGUGGCAGCGGAACAAUGGGAUUCUCAUACACCGAUUCGGAUGAGAUGAGGAGUUUCCAUGAUGCGAUGGCAACUAGGAAAGCAGGAUGGGGAACAUUGGGCGGUGGUUUGACGGGUGCUCCGUUUGAUGCAACGUCGGCGGCUGUAGAUAUGGGAGAUCUUGUUGGAGGGUCUGGGAGGGGUGCUAGAAUGAGCGGAAGGAGGAGAGGAGAUGAUGUGGUUUAA